AUGGGGGUCGACCCCCUAUCUCCCAUUGCGCCGGCGCGCCUGAGGGCGCUGCUGCUUCCAAUUGGCAAAAUCAAGCGUUCUCGGUUCCUGAGCUUUGCUGCCAGACUCCAAGCCGAAAAUGUGGUUCGGUUAGGGGAUAUCAGCCCUGAUUCACGGCCAAACCGAAACAUGUUCUCCCCGCUCGCCUUUCCUACUGGAAUGAUCCUAUACGACCUCUCCUUCUCGGUUCCCCCCACAUCACACCUCGAACUGUUCCCUUUCGAGAUAUACAGAGAGCCAGUGGUUAUUAUUGCAAUUGCUGAUGGUACAGAGCUUUCACAAAGCUCUGGGUCGGAUGCGAAGCACCCGACGCCCGAGGGCCUGGGUAAAUUGCUAGAGGAGAUCGAUGCGGUGAAAGAAAGGAACCCGCGGGCAUUGGUGAACCAGCUGCUGGUAUUCGACUACGAUGGUCUGGAAAAGCUCACAAAUGGACCGGACAAUGUUCUCUGGGUUCCGCGGCCCGAGGCCUCCAAAGCUACUACCAUGAAAACGGUUCUGUGUGACAUCACGUCUGUUUUGCUCGGGGAGCUCGAUGAGUUCGCGAAGACGAUUCAGACCAUUCCAUCAAUCGAAUCACCAAGGGCUUUCUCAUGGGGACCACACCGAAAUCCAGAACUACGGCCUCGGCCAGUGGACCGAAUAUUAAAUCGGAUGACAUUGCCUGCACAAAUGCCACAAAAUGCGAAUAACGGAGGACCACCGGAGACCCCAUUGAGCUCCAAUGCUAGCUCGCCCGCGCCAAGUGAUCAUGAGACGCCGACGACGUUUGAUGAAAUCACUCGGUCUAUUCAUCUCUCGCGUACCAACUCCGGGGGCAGAAGCCCGUCGAUCACUUCGCCGAAGGAACAUAGUCGUGAGCGAAUGUCUGUCAGUGGAUUGAGUGCGACUGAUAGAACAAAAAACCGCAUCAAGGGCCGUGCUGGUGUCGUGAUUGGUACUCUUUUCCUGCAGGCAGGAAGAUGGCCAGAUGCUCUGAAAGAAUUGACAGAAGCGGCGAACAAUGCCCGCGCAUCAAGCGAUUAUGUGUGGCACGGCAAAGCCCUUGAAUCAUGUCUUCUUUGUCUGUUGAUGAUGGGAUGGGCCGGCAUGGAUUUCCAGAUUCCUUCGAUUCUCUAUCCUGCCGCCGAAAAAACUUCCAAAGCAAUUCGGGACUCUAUAACUCCCCCGGCCCCUGGAAACCGGGUAGUGUCUCUACAAAACCUCGCCAACCUUCUGCCUGAUCUUUCCAACACUAUAGUCAAUCUCUAUCACCGUGCUGCCAACAUAACGGAUGAGCCUCUUCCCCAGUUGGUCUUUUCUGAGACAGUCAUCCGGCUAUCAAGGCUCAUGGUGUCAGCACGUACUCGAGAUGGCUCCCUUGAUGACAAUGCACUCAAGCAGAUCGUCAUGAACGAGCCUCUUGUUCCCUUACUUCUACCGGAACUUCCGCGAGGAAUCGUCGUGCUUCGCAAGUCAGAUAUUGCUAAUUUCCUCUUCCGUGCUCUUCCACUCGCACCUGGUGCAGACUUGCCAGCAACUGAUGCCGUCCCCAUCAUAGUCGGUGUUGUUUCUGUCCUAAAUGUUCUGGAUCUGCCCCGCAAGAAAGCCUUUGUGAUGCGCGAGCUUCUCUCCGUGAUGAUCCCAACACUUGUUCAAGCACGCAAAAUUGGAGCUGCCGAGGUUGGUAUCCACCCUGCUGCAGGAUUGGCAUCUCUCAGCGAUACUGUGUUCGAUGUCAAUGCUCUUGAUAUUGGUCCUGGAAACAUGGAAACAAGUGUGCGACUCCUUCUUGCUACGAUUGGUGAGAUCUAUGGUGUCCAGCCCUCUGCAUACUAUGAAUGGGAGAAGCGUCUUAGCACUUCCUCUACGCCCGGUGAAUAUGACUCGGUUGCUGCUAUUGCAGAGCGCUCGUUCCGACAUGGUGUCUUGGAUCAAUACGGUGAUCUCAACCUCAAGAUUGAUGUCCUGAAGGCAUGCAUCAACUGCUGUGAAGCACUUCCUGAUUUUGAUGGUGUUCUUCGAUUUACCGUUGAGCUGAUGCAAACCAUCCGAGGGGAUUUGAUGCUAGGUGAAAACUAUAAAAUUCCACCGUACUUGCCCCAAGAUGAGCAAGUACGCCUGUUGAACAACAUCAAGCGCACGGUUGGGGCAGCUAAUCGGCUGGGAGCCCCCAACAUGACUGCGGAAUACUGGGAUGACUUCCUCGUGCGGGAUGUUCAACUUCUCGCUUUGCCAGACCCAAGGAGGCCUGUUCGCCGGUCUAAAACCGAGUUGCAGGCUGUUACUACCGGCUCUAAUAAAUCGAAGAGAGACCCUUUCCUGUACAAUCCAUUUGCGAAGCCAAGCAGCAAGGCCCUUGAGAUGCUCACUGUGACGGGCGAAUCUGCUUCAUUCCGUGUGACGCUCCAAAACCCCUACGAAUUCGAGCUAGAGAUUGAACACCUUCGACUGGAAGGCGAGGGCGUAUUUUUUGAAGCUGUUGCUGAAAACAUCACCCUUCCGCCUCUCUGCCUGCAGGAUGUCAUCGUCCUCGGAAUCGCCCAUGAGGAGGGAAAUCUUAACAUCUCCGGUUGUAUCAUUAAGGUACGCAACUGUCGGAUGCGAAGAUUCCCAAUUUUCAAAACAUUCUGGAAGCCCGAGCCGGAGGUCAAGUUCAAGCGAACGGGACUGGCAUCCAAGAACCCUCUUAAUGAACGUCCAAUGUCAUGGAGCUCGACGACUUCGAAAGACGGUAAAGUGUUUGCAAAGAAGGGUCCUGAAACCGAAACAUGUCAGGUCAAAGUCAUCGGAAAGCAGCCGUCUUUGGUGAUUGAAUCCAUGUCGCUCUCCCAAUCCGCAAUGAUGGUUCUGGAGGGCGAAGUCAGGUCAUUCACCAUUACACUCCAGAAUACCUCUUGCUGUCCGGUGGAUUUCGUGCUGUUCACCUUCCAAGACUCAACCACCAGACAGCUUCAGUCGGCACUCAGGAACAAGGAUCUUCUCCCAGUUGAGAUAUAUGAGUUGGAGCUGAAACUAGCCACUCAGCCAGCCUUAAGCUGGCGCCGUGAGGACUCAGAGUCGAGCGAUUGCUCGAUUCCAGCAAACCAGAAUGCUACAUUCACUGUCGAUGUACUGGGCAAGCCUGGUCUGCAGGAUACGACCGUGCAGAUCGAUUACUCGUGCUUCGGGUUCAAGCAGGAUGAAUUGCCUGAUGUCUUCUAUACCCGGCAGCUGUUUGUGCCGCUGACUGUUACGGUCAAUGCGAGCGUCGAGGUUGCUCGCUGCGACGUUCUACCAUUCAGCGGUGACUUCGCCUGGAGAAACAACAUCAAUGCUCCUGUCAAUUUAGAACAAGAGCCCAACUCCCCUCUAUCCACCACCGAUCACGACCCCUUCUCUCAAGUUUUAACUCGCCUUGGCAAUGGGGCCUAUGGCCCAGACCACUGUGUCGUCUUGUUGGAUCUUCGAAACGCGUGGCCAAGCCCUCUAUCUGUAUGGUUGCGUGUUGACGAACACUCCAUCUCGGGCAAGAAGGACCACAUCAGUCAAUAUUCCGUGGACGGAGACCUCCAACCUGGUCAAACCUCUCGAUUUGUCCUUGUCCUUCCUCGUGUCUACCUGGAUAAUCCACAUGCAACCAUUCCAGUCGUCAAUACGGGAACCAGACGGCAAUUCGUCGUCAGCGCAAAUAAGAUGACAUUCGAAGCCGAGGCAGCUUCUCGAGAAGCUUUCUGGUUCCGUGAGGAAUUCCUCAAACGUGUCGUUGGAGGUUGGAGCGAGCCUGCUACAGGCCGCAAGGGCACCAUUGACCUGCGCAAUAUUCGCCUGAAUGCCCGCAUGGUGGAAGCGAUGCGUCUCGAGGAUGUGGAAAUGACCUUUUCUCUAUAUCCACCCCCAAAUUACCCCGUUGAUGCUGAAUCUUCCCCCGUAGUUGUCCAAAACGGCCGGUCUCGAUUCGACGCCAAAACAGACGACCUCCUAACACUCUCUGUGAAUGUGCGCAAUCGCUCCUCGCGCCCCAUUCACCCCCUUCUUCGUCUGCAGCCCAGCCUUCGUCACCAACCAAGCAACGUUGCUCUGGACCUCAGUCGACGCCUGGUGUGGACGGGUAUGCUCCAGCAGGCUCUGCCUAUUCUACAGAGCGGCGAGUCUACACAGGCCUCGAUCGGAGUGACGGUUUUAUGUCGGGGUGAAUACGAAUUCGGCGCGAGUGUCGAAGAAGCACGACUUUUGCGGCCUUUCGGCGAAGAACCUAAAGGUGAUGCUGAUCCCCAUGACGAUGGCAUCAAGGAUACGUUUGGAGCGGAUGUCGUAAGACGACGACGCAUCUGGCAUGCGAAGGAGACCUGUAUCAUCCAUGCUCGCGAUUGA